UCAUAGUGUUUUGGUUUGUGAUGAGUGGUGUGAAGUCGGAAGAAAUGGAUUCUCUGCCAUCUUGUGAUUUCCCAGCAAUCUUCAACUUUGGUGACUCUAAUUCAGAUACAGGUUGCAUGGCCGCUGCUUUCUAUCCCAUGGCUUCCCCUUCUGGUGAGACCUUCUUCCAUGAGCCUGCUGGUCGAGCCUCUGAUGGUCGCCUGAUUAUCGACUUCAUCGCAAAGCAGCUUGGCUUUCCUCUGUUGAGUGCUUACGUUGACUCGAUUGGAACAAGCUAUGGGCAUGGAGCGAAUUUUGCAGCAGGAUCAUCAACAAUUAGGAGGCAAAAUAGAACCUUCUUUGAUGGAGGCACCCCAUUCACUCUUGAGAUUCAGACUGCACAGUUUCAUCAGUUCAAGGCACGCACCGCCAAGUUCUUCAAUCAAACUGGAAAUAAUCCUGCCUGCAGAAGGCAGUAUCCAAAACCAGAGGACUUUCCUAAGGCUAUUUACACCAUGGAUAUUGGCCAAAAUGAUAUUGCUGCUGCUAUUAACAGAGCGGGCCAAGAGGAUUCUCAUGCUGUAAUCUCUGAUAUUGUACAGCAAUUUGCUACUCAAGUUCAAAAUCUGUACAACGACGGAGCAAGGACAUUCUGGAUACACAACACUGGCCCAAUUGGAUGCUUGGCAGUAACCAUGCACAACACUCACAACCCAGCGGCUGGUUACGUUGAUCAAAACGGCUGUGUGAAUUACCAAAACGACAUGGCCAAAGAAUUCAAUGAAAAGCUCAAGAACACAGUGGUCAGUCUGAGAUCACAACUCCUUGAUGCCUCAUUAACAUACGUGGAUCUCUUCUCCGCCAAGUACCAGCUAAUUAGCAAUGCAAAGAAGGAGGGUUUUGUAGAUCCAGCUAAGAUUUGCUGCGGGUAUCAUGAAGAGGGGACUGAUAUAUGGUGUGGAAACAAAGGAACAGUAAAUGGUACUGAAAUAUUUGCAGGUGCUUGUGAAGAUCCUUCCUCCCAUAUCAGCUGGGAUGGCGUGCAUUACACUGAAGCAGCCAAUCACUGGAUUGCUGAUCGUAUACUCAAUGGUUCUUUCUCAGAUCCGCCAAUAGCGAUCACGAACUCGUGUCAUAAACCUGGGUCUCUCUGAUUCUGACCCUUCUUUCUUCCUCAUCAUAUGAUUACAAUAUUACAUAUACUACAAACAGUGCCUGGCUUGAUAUAACUAAUUAAAGCACACGUUGGAAGAAGUGUGCACAGUGAGGGGGUGACUUGUAAAACAGGGUAACCCAUGCGUCUUUAACGAUAGAACUUUAUAUUUUAUGUGUUUUGCUGGACUGUGAUUGUGAUGAAGAAAUGUUUACAGGGCGUAAAA